AUGAGGUGUUUGGUGGUCUUCUGUGGCCUUGUUGUGGCUGUUUUUAACCAAAAGCUUUUCGUUGGGGACCAGGUUCUCCGCGUCACUGCAAGCAGCGAGGAGCAGAUCACACUUCUCAAGGAACUGCAGGACCUAGAACACCUGAAGCUUGACUUCUGGCGUGAGCCUGUGAAGACUGCUCUAGCUGUGGAUGUACACGUUCCUUUUGCUGGUCUUCAGGCAGUUAAGGCCUUUUUGGAGUCUAAUGGCAUCCAAUACAGAGUUAUGAUUGAUGAUGUCCAGAUGCUGUUGGAUGAAGAAAAAGAAGAAAUGUUCCGUUCUCGUGACAGGGAUCGAAACACCAACAAUUUUGACUAUGCUUCCUACCACACACUGGAUGAGAUUUAUAGCUGGAUGGACAGUUUAGAAGCUGAGUACCCAGACCUGGUUACCAAGAUUCAGAUUGGCUCCAGUUUUGAGGGGCGUCCUAUUAAUGUACUGAAGUUUAGCACUGGGGGCAGUAACCGUCCUGCUAUCUGGCUUGACACUGGGAUUCAUGCACGUGAAUGGAUCACUCCAGCUACUGGGAUCUGGUCAGCAAAGAAGAUUGCUUCUGAUUAUGGCCGGGACCCUUCGCUAACUGCAAUACUGAACACGAUGGACAUAUUCUUUGAGAUUGUUACCAACCCUGAUGGCUAUUAUUUUACCCACACCAGUAACCGCAUGUGGCGCAAGACGAGGUCCAUCAACCCUGGAUCAUCUUGUGUUGGAGUGGAUCCUAACAGGAACUGGGGAGCAGGAUUUGGAGGUCCUGGCACCAGCACGAAUCCGUGUUCUGAAACCUACCUUGGAUCAUUUGAACACUCUGAGUCUGAAGUGAAAUCAAUUGUAGACUUCAUCCUGGGCCACGGAAACUUUAAAGCCAUGAUUACUAUCCACAGCUACUCCCAGAUGCUGAUGUACCCUUAUGGGUACACUUCAACAGAGACCCCGAACCAACAGGAACUGCAUACCUUAGCAAAAAGUGCAGUGGAUGCCCUCGCUACACUACAUGGAACCAAGUACAGCUAUGGCAGCAUGAUCACCACUAUCUAUCCAGCGAGUGGUACCACAGCUGACUGGGGUUAUUUAAAUGGCAUUAAGUAUUCCUUCACGUUCGAACUACGAGACACCGGUCGCUAUGGUUUCCUGUUGCCAGCAGAGCAGAUCAUUCCAACUGCUCAAGAGACCUGGCUGGCCCUCAUGAAGAUCAUGGAGCAUGCCCGAGACAAUCCAUAUUAAAUUAUAAAAUGUCUUUGAAGA